UGUAUUAUUGCAGGUGAAGCUGAAGUAGUCAUUGACAGCUAAUAAUGUAGAUGGGAAUUUCGGAUGCAGAAUGGCUGAGAAGAAACCUUCCCAAGGACAAUCAUGGCUGCUACUACUGAUCGUUGCUGUUGCCUUCAUUCACUUAGUUGUGUGCCCAUUUACAAAAGUGGAGGAAAGCUUUAAUCUUCAAGCUAUACACGACAUUUUGUAUGAGAAGCUGGAAUUAUCUAAGUAUGAUCAUCAUGAAUUUCCUGGAGUUGUCCCGAGAACAUUCAUUGGUCCAAUUUUUAUUGCUCUUCUUUCCAGUCCAGCCAUCUAUAUAUUGUCCCUUUUACAAAUGUCAAAAUUCUACUCGCAGUUGAUAGUCCGAGCAACCUUAGGCUUGACAGUGAUUUAUGCCCUAUGGCGGCUACACAAAGAAGUGAGAAAGCAGUUUGGUUUUACUGUAUCCAUGAUUUUCUACCUAAUGACAGCUACUCAAUUCCACCUGAUGUUUUACUGCACUCGUACCCUCCCCAACAUAUUUGCGCUGCCUAUUGGUAAGUACGGAGCGUGCUUUUCAAAACCUUCUUUGAUGGGCUGUGCAGUCAAAUCAAUAUUUCAGCUCCUCACUUUUGGCUUUUUUCUCCUUUUAGGACUCACAGUGGCUCUGGAUUCUUUGUUCUGGGGGCAGGUCUUGUGGCCUGAGGGAAAAGUACUUUGGUAUAAUGUUGUGUUAAAUAAAAGCUCCAACUGGGGAACCUCGCCUUUUUUGUGGUAUUUUUACUCUGCCUUGCCUCGCGCUCUGGGUUGCAGUAUUGUAUUUCUACCACUAGGAGCAGUAGACCGAAGAUGUUGGGCAUUAAUUCUACCCUCACUUGGUUUUAUUUUCCUGUAUUCCUUUCUCCCACACAAAGAGCUGCGGUUUAUAAUAUACACAUUUCCAGUUUUGAAUAUAGUGGCUGCCAAAGGCUGCUCGCGAAUUCUAAACAAUUACAAGAAAUCAUGGUUAUACAAAUUAGGCACUCUGUUUGUUAUAGCACAUCUUUUUGCUAAUGCUGCUUACUCAGGAGCAUCGCUCUAUGUGUCCCACUUCAAUUACCCUGGAGGAGUUGCUAUGCAGAAACUACACCAGCUGGUACCUCCAACAUCAGAUAUGACAAAAGGGAAGACCUCAAACCGGGCGACCCACUUAUGUUCUCAUAUACACAUGUACUUAUGGAGAUGAAUUCAACUCAACUGUCACAUUACAAGACAACUCACAAAGUCCUUGCGCAUAUUCCUGGCACCAGUGGAAUUGGAUUGAAUUUUACUGCACUGCCUCCUAUUACUUUAAAUUUGAAAUCCAAACUAGUAUUGUUGGAAAAGCUCCCCAUUUCUUUUGGAAAAUAAAUUUUAACAAGUUUGAAAGAGUUUUUGCUAGUGUUAUGUUGCACUAAUUAAAACCUUGACAUGCCAAUGAAAGAUCAAUACUAUUUGAUCCUAUUCAUUUCACUUACGUGAAAAACUUCCAUAUAGUAUAUACUGCAUAUAAUGCCAACUACAUUUCAAUGCAAAGUACAUACAUUCAAGACAUAUUUUCAUAUAAUUACAUAGGAAGCAUACUAAAUAGUUGUUUUUAUGUAACACUAUUAUGUGUGUGGUUUAAUGUUUUCACAUUGUUUUCUACCAUGUGGAAAAAUAGCAUAAUGUGCUAUUUUGGGCCACAGUAUAAAAUGUUUAUGUUGUCAAUAAGCAACAAAAAUCUUAUACACCUAAACAUGAAUGUUAUUUGGAUGAACAAAAUCUGGAAAUAAAUGGAUUGCUAUUUGUUUUUAUCUGUUGGGCAGUUUUGCUGACAGUAUUUGCAUAUAAGACAAGGCCCAUUUUGUCAUCCUGAUAACAUUUCUUAAUCAGGUUUUGUCAGUUAUCAGCGAUCUAGUAAACAUAAAACAGAGUUAUGGGAAAGUCAAGCUGGCCUUAAAAGUGUUAAGAGACAGCCAAGCAUAAAUCAAGAAAAAUAAUACUGGAUGUCAAAAAAAAUGUAAUUUGUUUUAAUUUCGUACAGGUUUUUAAGUGGUAACUUCUGAAUAAAUAUAGAGCUAGAUUAUUUAAGUCAGCUAUACUGAUUGUUCUCAGUGUCCAGAUGAGGCAAUGGGUUAAAGUAUAAUUGUGGGAUGAUCCACAACUUGUAAUUGAAAAUAUGCAAGAAAAUAUCUUACAUAACUCUUAAAAUCAUUCAUUUUUAAUCAGUGUACCUUGGCACAGUAGAGUGCAAAUUGACUUAGAUGCAAGAAAUACCAUCCUGUAAAACUGGUUUAACUACGCUGAUGUGUUCUCUUGUAUGCUAUUGUACAACUUUCAUAAAUUUUGUUGUUCUUUUACAUCAAAGAAAACGACGUCUUCCUUGAUGCACAACUUAUCUAUUCACAGAAGCUGCUAUUAUUCAGAAGGGAGACAUUAACUUCUCACAAAAGCCUAUGUUUAAAACCUGCAAAACUUAUUGGGUAGUCUUGUUUUGUGCAACAGGCCCUGCUAAAAGUCAGUUCUUUAAAAUACUGCUUGGUUCUUCUGGAAGAAAGUACUACCCUUUCUGUAAUUUCCUCCAGGCAGUUAUUUAAUGUGAAUUCUGGGGUUCCUGAUGUCUUAUAUGUAUAAUCAACUAUGGUAUAGUCUUGUGGCACCUUAAAAACAAAUACAUGUUCAUUAUGAAGGCUACUGCAAAAAAACAUCCACAGAAGUGGAUGGAUUAUAAUAAAUGGAUUGCCAUUCUGUAAAAUAACACAAAAUUGGGGGGGUUUUGGAAGAGAAAACCAGUAUAUUUCUAUGAUAAUUAUGGUCAUAGCAUAGUUAAAACUGGUACUCAAAGAAAUUAUACCCGUGAAAUGUUAAAUAAAUGACUAGAUAUAGGGAAUCUAUCUUCUAGAAUUAUAAUCUAUCUUCUAGAAUUAUAUUUUAGGCCUUAAAUGUCACCUUAAGGCAUAUGAAAUAAAUUGACGUUUAUUUCCUAUUACUGAAAAUUAUUUUUAGCCAGGAGUGUUAAAACCAUAAGGUUCGAUGCAGUAUUCUGACCCCAAUUUAAGAUUAAUGUUUCAGAAUAUUUAGUUGCCUACACUAGUUGAAGUAUGUGAAAGUAUUGUUUUCUUUAUUAUUACAUUUGAGCUGUGAAGAGUUAGCUGAACUCUAUCAGAGCAACCCAACAUAUCUUGUUACAAAGAAUGAACUAUUUGUGGCCAUGAGUGCUUGUUACUCAAUAGCUUUCCACAUUUUCAGUUUUCUUUUAACCAGCCAAAAUGUGAAACUGUGUAGCAAAUGUAAUUUCAUUUGUUAAUUAACCAUGUGUGACCCACUCAUUAUAUAAAUAAGCACAUGCAUUCUAUUAACCUAUAUCCACACAUUUGUGGCUACCACUUUUUGUACCGAAUUGCUGUCAAGUUCAUACCACUUUCAGUGUCAUCACCCCACUGCUGCCCACAAUUCUGACAAUUUUAACAUGGUCUGGUUUUAUCGUAAAUUCAUUAGAGAAAUAUAUAUAGUUACAUCGAGUAAGAUUUAUUGUAUGUGGUCACUUUUUUAAAAAAGCCCAAUAUUGUUCUUGUUGAAAAUAUUUCAAUUAUAUUUGGGCCAUACUGCAUCAUUACAUCAGGCAUCUCACUGUAUGGGAGACAGAAAUACUACAAGGAAAUGUUUGAUUGAAAGAACUGUAGAAACCUGCCUUCUAAUUCUUAUUCAAAAAGUUAUAUCCAGAUUAUGCCCAUACACUCCAGAAUCACUGAGUCCCCCAUUGUAUUCUAAGGGGAGGAGGGGAGAAUGGCUGAUGUAGACUCAUUCUCUAAAAAUUGCAAAUAAGAUGUUUAAUUUCAGAAACUGAAUCCAUCAUUUAUAAAUACACCAAAACAUAAUAAAUGCAAAAAUUAGCCAGAGGUACAGUACAGUAUUUUAACAAAACUACAUCUCUCCUAAAAGCUGUAGUUAAUUUCCCAAAGAAUUUUAUCAAUGCAUUGGAGGGAUGAGGAGCGCGGGGAAAAUAUUAUUUUAAAAUAUGGACAGCAAAUGCAAAUGCUGGCUAUUCUCACCUGCUGUCUGAGGAUUAUUAAAAUUUUACAAUAUCCUACUUUGCUGAUAGACACUAUCAAUUACGGUCAGUUCUACUAUAUAACAUUCUAUGCAGGACUCCUGUCUAUGGGCUGUGCAAAUGCUUCAGGUGCAUGUGAAGUGCCUGUGCAUGCAAGGACAAUCGGAUGCAAGUCCUGCGUAUUCUGAAGCACCUUUUCCAAAGUAUUUGCACAAUCUUAGAAAGGAUAUUCACUGAAAAUCAACUUCGAGUAACAGAAAUAAUGGAAGAAUACCAUAUAUAAUUUUCAGUUACAUGGGAAACCUCAACUACAUUUUCCCAAGAAGUAAUGUUUAAUUCAUUCAAUUGUAAAAGACUUGGCAUGAUGCCUUUUCUUUAUAUUUUUAUCUUUCAAUGCACUGCAUUAAAUAACAAACAUUAAUUGGAAAAUUUUGAAAAUAAACACCCCAAAACCUUAUAAAUACUCAAGCUCUAAUUCAGUUACAGUGUAAAAAAAACCUGAAUAAAGACCAUGAAUGGCAAAUUUAUAGAUUACUGUAUAACUGGUGUUUCUUAAUAAUUCUAAGUUUAGUCAAAUACUAAUUCAACCGCCAUCUUUAGUACAUACAUAGUUGAACAUAAGCACAUUAAGCCUGCAGUUAAAACCUGCUAAAUAAGAAGAUGGCUUCAUUUCCACCUUUAUAUACAGUUUUUUUUCUGCAAUUAAAGCAAUGUUCAGCUAAUAUACAGUACCUGGUUUCUGUUUUACAUAAUUCAAUAAAAAGCUACAUAAUAGAAGUUUUUACAUCCGUUUUGCCAUUCUAUUCAAAAUGUUUUAAAAUUUCAUUUACAAUAUUCAAUCAAAAGCUACAUUUUUGUAAUAGUUGGGACGAAGACAAGGCUAAAUCUAAUA